AUGGCGGAGAAAUAUCUAAGCCAGAUCUAUUACGAUACAGAAAGCCCCGCAAGUUUUGGUGGAGUAGAUUCCGUUAAUCGCGCCGUGAAAAACGAAGGGAAAUAUGAGAUAUCUCCGGAUAAAAUACGCCAAUGGUUACAAAAGCAAGAUGCCUAUUCAUUGCAUAAACCUGUGAGAUAUCGCUUCAGGCGCAACCGUGUUAUAGUUGGAGCCAUGGAUGAUGAGUGGGAGGCAGACUUAGUCAUUAUGGAUUCAUUAAGUCAACAGAAUAAUGGGUACAAGUACGUUUUAACUGUUAUUGAUGUACUCAGCAAAUAUGCGUGGGUUGAAGCGAUAAAAGCAAAAACUGGGAACAAUCUUGUCAAAGCCUUUGAGAAUAUAAUCAAGAAAGGCCGUAAACCGAAAAUGUUUCACACUGAUAAGGGAACGGAGUUUAUCAAUAGACAGUUUCAAACAUUUUUGAAGAAACAUAGCAUUCGAUUUUUUACGACGUACAACGAAACCAAGUCAUCGAUUGUUGAAAGGUUUAAUCGUACGCUCAAGACGAAAAUGUGGAAAUACUUUACAGCGAACAAUACGCUCAGCGAACAAACACUUUACAGCGAACUUUACAGCGAACAAACGUUAUGGUGUUUAUGA